AUGCUAUCCCUAGGAUUUCCUGCUGCCUUCGCAUUCGAGGUCAACGGUUGGGAUGAUGAGCUUGAAUCUGACUUCAUCGCCAUCGUGAGUGGCGCACUCGAGGUUUCCUGCGUUUUCAGGCGCUGCUCCACAAUCAUGUGGUCAGAUAACUUGGGACAUCACGAACAGGUUGAUCCAAGUGUCUCAAGCGCUCUUUUCGAUUCCAGUCAUAUGGUCUGCGACGCCACCGAACCCGAGUACUUUCUACACCGAGCUCUUAGGCAUCAGAUUUCGCAAGAAGAUUUCAACACGCAUCUCCCUCGCGAAGGUCACAUACUCAUGGAAUCGGUAUUGGAAAUCCUCAAGGAACUCAAGAAAACGGCCGAAACCUGGACACUUGGGCCCAUUGAGCAGGCAGUCGUGUCUGUUCCGCUCUAUUUCACCAAGGAAGGGCGCAAAAUCAUCACGGAAGCCGGCGGUUCUAUCGGAUUACAAGUUCCUCGCAUCAUGAAACUGCCUACCGCUGCUGCGGUUGCAUACGGCAUAGACAAGUCGGAUGAUGAUUUUCAUUUCGUUGUUUAUGACCUCGGGCGAGAAACCUUUGACGUAUCUGUCUUUGAGCUUGACGUGGGGGUAUUCGAAUCCCUGGCUAGCAUCAGUGACCGCCACCUCGGCAAGGAGAUAGGACAAUUGAUACAGCAAAAGCAGCUUCGAGGGAUCUCGGUGUUCGAUGCGAAUGAGAUGAAGGCAUUCGAGCAGACGUUGCCCCUCAUGGACCAGGUCAUCAAAACCGCCAACCUGUCUAGGGACGACAUCGCGAAAGUCGUUGUCGUAGGUGGCUACACAGGAGCAUCACAGGUACGAUCCAUGGUGAGGUCGUACUUCGGCAGUGGAUCCUGUGUUGUUUUCGACUACCCAGGAAGUUUUCGUUGGGUACCAGUCACAUUGGACUAUGACGAAGUUGUAACCUUUGGGACCGCUGUCUUUGCCGAGAAUCUCUAUGGACAAGGAAGGUUCGAUGACCUAGUCGGUGCACUCAUGUUGAACCCACGAUCAGUCCUCGUCGAGACCAUUGGUGGCGAGGCGCUGCGGGUGUUCCCCCGCUUUACGUCGCUCCCGGCCACUAGAACCGUGCAUCUCACCACGACUGUCGACGGACAGUCGUCUAUAGUCAUAACAGUCUUCCAAGGCGAGCUUGCAGAUGCUAGAAAGAAUGACGAGUUGCUCGCUCUCAGGUUGGAUUGCAUCCCGCCUGCGCCUCGCGGAACGCAUACGAUCGAAGUAGUUCUGGAGGCCUUCUUGGACGCACCAAACGAUAUGUUCAGGCUUCUGCUCAAGACGGCGGCUCGUCUUAGAGACGGUAUAGAGUCCUGUGCAGACAGUGCUUCCGGAGUUCUCUAUGAGUUUGGCGCGGUUGACGCACUGAGUGACGAAGAGAUUGAACUUGAGGCUGCCUAUGUGUAUGGAAGAGCAGAGCCAGGCCCGCCAGGUACAUGUAUCACCCGUCGAAGUGAGAUUGACCAACAUUACGUUGCGACAGCUGAACGGCUACCUCAAUAA